AUGAGUAGUAAUAAUAAUCAAGAUUCAAUGCAGAUUGAAUCUUCAACAACUACCAACAAUAAUAAUAAUAAUAAUAAUAAUAAUAAUAAUAAUAAUAAUAAUAAUAAUAAUAAUAAUAAUAAUAAUAAUAAUAAUAAUAAUAAUAAUAAUAAUAAUAAUAAUAAUAAUAAUACCACCUCUACAAAUUUAAAAUUGUUCAUCCCUCGAGAGAAAUUAGGUUGUAAUAAUAAUAAUAAUAAUAAUAAUAAUAAUAAUAAUAAUAAUAAUAAUAAUAAUAAUAAUAAUAAUAAUAAUAAUAAUAAUAAUAAUAAUAGUAAUAAGAAUAACAUCUUCGAGGGUCUUUACGACCCCGAAGAUAACACAACACAACCCGAUCAACCUGAAAAAACACCAUCCAACAAAAAGAAGCCUCCCAAGAGGAAAAAAAUAGAAUUCGAUCAACCACCACCACCACCAAAACCAAAGGAGAAGAAGAAACCAGUAAAAAGAGUCAAAAAGGACGACUCGACCACUUUUACAUCUACCACUCCAAUGGAUCCUGAUGAUGAUGAUCAAACCAUCUCUACAACUACAACCUCCUCCUCCUCCUCCUCCUCCUCCUCCUCCUCCUCCUCCUCCUCCUCCUCCUCAGUUGACCCACCGGUUUCCAAACCAAAGUCAAAGCCUGCUGGAAAGAACAAGGCUCCAACGUCAAAGGCUGGGAAGCCUGCUGGAAAGAACAAGGCUUCAAACGCCAAUCGACCAUCAAUCAUCUUCAAAGAGGGUGAAUCGUUACCAGACUCUCAAUUAUCAUACACUUCAUACGUAAUGAAGUAUUCAACAAUUGUGAGUAACGAAACUCAAAAGAAAAAGAAGAAGAAAAAGAAAUCAAACUCUUCAUCAUCAUCAUAUUGGACGUUCAAAUCUAUGGACAUUACAGAUGACCAAUCAUCAUCAUCAUCAUCAUCAUCAUCAUCGUCAUCGUCAUCGUCAACAACGUCCAACAAUAUGGACACUACAGAUGACCAAUCAACAACAACAACAACAACAACAACAACAAUAUCACCAGUACCAACAAACGACGAACUAAUUCAGAGCAUUAGAAAGUUGGCCAAUUUUAUUGGAAAUCAAACCACAACUUUUCUCAAUCUAAUAGCCACCAACAACAAGUGCUUUGAGUCAAAUGGAACACCUGUUCCAUUUGUUGUUAAGUUUUUUCAAACUCAAUGCAAGCUUAAUGAAAAUCAACUAAAAGAAAAUCUCACCACUUUUAGAUUUGACAGAACGUCGAUUGAAUGGAUGAUAAGAUACUUUGCUCUUGGAGGAGACGCUAUUUUUUCAGCAAUGGGUAAACAUCCGGUACCUCGUAUUGACACCGUGGAGGAUCUAUCCAAUGAUUCAAUUUACUCAUUAUGCUUUUUCAUGAAACAUGUUGCUCCAUUUUUGGAAAAAGAGAUGCAAAAGAGACCCAAAAUGCUUCAAAUGCUUCAAAAGUUGAGACAGUUCCGUUGUAACAACUCAAAAAACUGGGUUAAUGUGAUCGUGAUCAACAUUAAAAAUAAUAUCAUGGUUUCAACUUAUAACCAUUUAAAACAGUUGUUAAACACCUACAAGGAUAGGAAGAUAAAGGAUCUUGGAAAGAACCAAGAAGAAAUUAAAAAGGUUAAAAAGUUGGUUCGUGAUACUAUUUAUAAUUUUUCUAAUACGAGAUUAAAAAGAGCUGAGAAAGACCAACAACCAGUUCAAGAAGAAGGUGAAGAAGAUGAAGAAGGUGAAGAAGAUGAAGAAGGUGAAGAAGAAGAAGAUGAAGAAAAGAAAGCAGACCGUGUUGUCACAUAUGAUCUAUCAGAUGGUGUCUACAAAACCAUAGAAAUCCUUGGUGGUUAUAACCAACAAGUUAUUGAUGAGUAUAACAACUUAUCAGAUGACAAGAAGAAGAAAAAGGAAGCAAAAUAUGACAAUCGGGUGAGCAGAAGAAAAAAUAUUAUCAAAAAGAAAAAGGAAGAUGCUCACAAAAGAAGGGAAGCUAUCAUAAAGGAAAGAAGAGAAGCUUCUAUCAAGUUGCAAAAGUCCCCAAAUACAUCUUUGACAGUUGAUGAUUUGACAAACUCACCAUCUUCAUCACCCAACACAUCUUCACCACGCAACCCAAAAGGUAAAUUCAAUCAAAGAAUGAAACAUGACAGCAUUCGAAUCCGCGAGUUGGAUGAACUGAAGAAGAUCACAAUAGAGGCAGAAAAAAGAAAUGCUGAUCUCCAACAGAUUAGCGAUACCCGAACACCAACCGUGUUUAUUCCCGGGCUCAUCAAUAUUUCAUCCAUUAUACCAUCUCUUGGAUUUGAUAUCCAAUUCAUGUUUACAAGAGAACAUGCUAAUAACCUUUUGAAAUGUUUGGGUUUAAAAAAGGCCAAUGUCGAAAAAGAUCACGAGGGUAACCCAAGCUAUGCCAUCGCCACUCUCUUCCCAGGCUUGUACAAAUACGAUCCAAGGCUUUUCACAAACACCAAGAGGGUGUAUCUUCCGGCCACCCCUCCCACUGAUGUUGAAAAACAAAAGGAUGAGGAAAGGAGGAAAACAAACAAUGACAAUAGAUUUGCAAGCGCAUUAAUGAAAUAUAAAGGUAAUGAAGAUGUGGCAAGGGUAGCUGCUACUUUGCAAACUGGAGAAAAGGCAAAGAAUGCAAUUGAACAACACAACAAAUUGCAUGGUUUUAAAAAAGGAUCUCAUGAUAAAAAUCGAGCACUUCUUGCAAAAGGCACAAUAACUUUUUCGAAAGAAGAAAUGUUUCAAGAGAUAGUAAACAAAGGAGUAAAGUAUGAAAAUACCUCAACUACCACUACACCAUCUACUUCUUCAUCUUCAUCAUCUUUACCAUAUGUCACACAAGUUGCAAUGGAGAAAGAAUUUGCUGGAAAGUCUUUGAAGGAUGUCAUUGCCAUUGGUAUCGAUCCCAACACGUGCUCAAUUACUGUCGUUAACAAUCACGAUGACAAGGUUCUGGACAUGAGAAUGGAUACUCUUAUGGUUAAAAGAAACACCAAGUUUCUUUUAGAGAAAAUCUCUUGUCAUAUGGGAAAGGCCAUCAAAAGUUUUGAAUCCUGUUUACCAUCUCUCAAGUUCAAUGUCCUUAACCCUCAAACAUUCCAAUCUAGGCUGGACUAUUAUGAAAAGUAUUGUGAUUAUUUCGAUAUCUAUUUCGAAGCCAUCAAUGAUCCAAUCGUACUAUCUUGGAAGAGGAACUUUGCUUUCAAAAAGCAAAAGUUGAACAAAGAGUUUUACCAACAAUUUGACAACUACAUUCUUGAUCUCUUUAAAGAUCAUUUCCCAACCAAGUAUUCAAGUAUGAACGAUUCUGAAAGGAAUCAGUACAUUCAAGACAAUACAAUCAUAUUUUUUGGAAAUGCCAAAUUUGGACACAACACUCGUGGCAAGGUAACAACAUUUGCAGCCAAGACUGUUGCCAACAAGUUAAAGUCCAAACAAUAUUCCGUUGUCUAUAUUAAUGAAUACAACACGUCAAGACUUGGUAAAGAAAAGGAUGGAGGCCAACCGACCAAUGUCCAACAGUGCUCACCUAUCAGCGAAGCAUGUCAAUCCGCUGCUAAAGGUAAUAGUUUCCUUCGAUGCAGUGACCACCGGCAUCGUUUAGCACUCGUCAAGCAAGACACCCAUUCAAAAGAAUACAAAGAGUCGUUGGGGUUCCUCAAAUCCAUCGAUGAUUUGGACAAGAAACUCCAAUCACACAAUCUUUUGAAUGUGGCAGGUCAAUGUCGAACAAGGAAGGUGACACCGUCAGAUGUUGCCGGUUCGGAGACUGAAUCGCGUCAGGACUCUCAAAAAGUUGCCUCGACCCAAUCGUCUUCGUCAUCAACAAAAAAGUUCGACUAUCGACACGGACAGAAUAAAUAUGGUCCAGAGAUUAGAAAAUUUGGAAAAAUGGUCACCGUCCGUCAAGAUAUGGAAAGACAAAUUAAUUGCCAGGGUAAAAACCGAGGCAUCAACACAAUUUGGGCUCUCAAAGAUAAAUCAUCAACAGCAUCAGCAGCAUCAGCAGCAGCAACAACUAUGUUUGAAAGUUUGAAGAAAGGUGUAGCAUUGUUUCGAAGCAUAUACAAAGGAGGGAUCGAAGCCGAGUAUGAUGAUAAUAAUCAACUUGAUGACAAUCAUCUACUUGAUGAUAAUCCUUUACUUGAUGGUAAUGCUAUACUUGACGAUGAAGAUCUAGAAGAUGAUGCAUUUGUUGAACCAGAAUAUCAAAGAUCACAUACACCUGUACCAGAAAAAGAAGUAGAGUAUUCACAACAACAACAACAACCACCACUAAAACCACGUACCAACUACAAAGAAGAUGAUUUACAAGAGGAAUUUGAAUGGUUCAAAGAGACUUUCGAUGCCCACAUGGAGUUAUUCAAGAAGUUUGAAGCAAAAGAAUCUAUUGAAGCCAUUGAAUCACCUGAAGAGUUGGAAAUCCACCAGAAGUUCAAUAGAUUUCUUCAAACAAGAUUGAUUUAUGUCCACAAGUUGAAUAACAAGAAGAAAAAACAACCAGAAAGUGUCGGUCGUAUCCCAUUAUUCAAUAACCUAACGGACUUGGACAAACGUGCAUCCAAGUCUUACUAUUUUGUUCAAGACACAACCAUUUUUGAAUGUAAAUGCGCUAACAAGGGGAAUUGUACUGCUUGCAAAUGCAAGUUAUAUAAUAAUGGUUGUACUUCUCAAUGUAAAUGCCCAUGUCGGGAUCUAUUCAAAGAGAAAUGGACUAUUUUAAAUAAUACAAACUCAGAAGAAUUGUCGAAUCGAAUAACCUAUGAAAUGGAUAGCAGCAAUGCAUCAGCACGUAGCAAAAACAUCGAUCAACCAUUAACUCCUAGUCAAUCAAAGGAAUCACAGCCGCCUCCAUCAUCAUCAUCAACAACAACAACUACAUAUUCAACUUCUAGAAGAAGAUACAAUGAAGAAGAAGAUGAUGAUAAUGAUGAAGAAAAAGAGGCUGAUACACCAAGGAGAAAAAAGAAACAAAAGAAAAAUCAAAGAAAGAGCCAGCCAGUUACAAUAAUUGAUGAAGAUAACGAACAAUUCCAACAUCCUAUUCUUUCUAAUACAUCUUCAUCAACAACUCCCACCACCGCCACCACUUCCUCUUCAAGCUUUGGAUCCAGUCUGCUUCGUUUGUUCACACCCUCCCACUCGCAAACAUCGACCACAUCAUCAUCAUCAUCAUCAUCAUCAUCAUCAUCAUCAUCAUCAUCAUCGACAACAUCUACCACAUCUACCUCAAAUCAAACCAAUGCAGUAGAAACUGAGUACCAAUCAAAUUGUUGGAAGAAUGAACAGUUAGAACAAGAGGAAAUACAGUUGGUUGACAACACCAAGUUGUUUACCUAUAAACAAUUGGAGAAUUUCUUUUAUAUUGCCUUUUUUAUGGGUCUUGUCAAACUCCCACGGGCGGAAGACCAUUGGAAUAGAAAGAGCCCUUUCCAUCCUCCAUCUGUUAUCCGCCCAUUAAUGUCAAGAAAAAGAUUUAAGUCCAUCCUCAAAUUCCUUCACUAUGACGAAGAUUCCGUCAUUCAAAUGAUUGAAAAAAAUUCAAACAACCACUAUAUCCCAUCAUUACGUUUAUCAAUCGAUGAAUAUAUGGCCCCUUAUAAAGGCUUGGUAAGGUUCAAGCAGUAUGAACCAGAUAAACCACACAAAUUUGGAUUAAAGUAUUUCGUUUUAUCUGACUCAAAUGGUUUUAUAUUGACCCAAUGGCUUUACAGAGGUAGUGAUGAAUCUACAACAAAAUCUGUAACAAUAGAUCCAUCUGUGGUUAGUUCUUUUCCACCAAAUAGUCCUCUUAAAAUCCCAAUCGAAUUUGCAGAGUGGGUCAGACAAAAAGUAGCUACAGAUGAUAGACCAUUGAGUCACUAUUUGUUUGCAAUGGAUAACUAUUACACAUCAUUACAAGUUGCCACUGUAUUAUCAAACUUUAGUCAAAACAUCAAUUCCAACAACGACGAUAACAAUCCCAACAAUAAGAUUCAUUAUGUAAUGACUGUAAGGUCCAUUAGACCAACGUACCUUUUCAAAGAUGGUUUAGGACGCAUGGUACAAAAGGACAACAAGAAAAAGUUGGCUGCUAUAGCAUUUCCAAAAGAAGACUCUGGUAUUCCCCAGGACAUUUGUGCCACCGCCAUCAAUGACAGCAAAGUAACAUAUUUUUUAUCAAAUGCCUGUAAUCCAUAUACAUUAAAAGAAGGAAAACUCACAAAGCUCGAUGUGCAGACUCAAUACAAUGCAACUACCCACGGAGUCGAUCUGUCAGGACAACUAUCAUCAAAUUGUCGGUCAUAUCCCCAUCGAAAAAGCAAAUACACACAUGUUAACAUAUUUGCGCAGUUGGAUCGUGCAAUGGUGAAUGCAUAUUGCAUCUUCAAAUCCCUUGAAGGCAAUAGCACAUACCGAUUUUGUGAUUUCACUCAAAACGUGGUAAGAGAUAAGCUUGGCUUGCAGGAGCCUAUUCAAAAACAAUUGGAACACUUGAAUCCAAUUACAUCAAAAGUAUUCCAGGAUCAAAGAGAUAGGAUUAAACAACUGGAACAAGAAUUGGCUACACAAUCCACAUACGUAACCAGUGGAAAUGGAGGCCAAUAUGCUCCCACUUCUGCUGCUGCUCCUCAAACUGUAGUCCACGCAUUGGUUCAAGGUGAUCUAAAUCCUUGUCAGUAUUGCAAAGUCCUUGAUGUAAAGCGUAGAACAAGAACCACCAAGACUUGUUGCCAAUGUAAAGUUAACUUUCACGAUGAAUGCUAUCUUAUAGCACAUCUCCCAGAAAACAAACUGCUUCUAUCGGCAAUAGUACAUCAACAUCAACAACAACGACAAGGAUAA